CUCUCUUUCUCGGCGCAGUGGAGGCGGUGUCCCUAAAAGUGUCUGUAGAAAAAUUCGUUUUUUUUUUUUAAUUUUUCGUUCUCGCUUCCGCGCCACAGUCUCGUCUUUACCGUAACCAUGAGGACGUACUUCGUGAUAGCCGCCAUACUGAUCGCCGGAACGACCGGCCAAGAGAGCUUCAAAUGCCCGGACGACUUCGGGUUUUACCCUCACCACAGUUCAUGCGACAAGUACUGGAAGUGCGACAACAACGCGGCAGAACUAAAGACAUGCGGUAACGGCCUGGCGUUCGACGCCACCGACAGCAAGUUCCUCACCGAGAAUUGCGACUACUUGCACAACGUGGACUGCGGCGAACGAACGCAGCUGGAGCCGCCCAUCAGCACGCCACACUGCGCCCGUCUGUACGGCAUCUUCCCCGACGAGAAGAAGUGCGACGUGUUCUGGAACUGCUGGAACGGCGAGGCGUCGCGCUACCAAUGCAGCCCCGGACUGGCCUACGACCGCGAGGCUAGGGUGUGCAUGUGGGCCGACCAGGUGCCCGAAUGCAGAAACGAAGAGGUCGCCGGAGGUUUCACGUGUCCGGCCGCGGGUGAAGUGAGCGGUGCAUCCGGCAGCUUCAGCAGACACGCCCAUCCGGAGGACUGCAGAAAGUACUACAUAUGUCUCGAAGGCAUCGCCAGGGAAUACGGCUGCCCGAUCGGCACCGUCUUCAAGAUCGGCGAUGCCGAUGGUAGCGGCGCCUGCGAGGACCCCGAGGAUGUACCCGGAUGUGAGGAUUAUUACGGUGACCUGGACUUGAAGAGCAUCCGGAAGAGCGAGCUGCUUGCCGGUAUCCAGAGCGAGCCAAGGAAGCCAAACCAGCCUCUCAAACCUAGGCCCUCAACAAUACCCACGAGACCCUCCGCAAGUCUCCAGGAAUAAAUCCUGAUACCUCGUCCCUUUCCCCUUCAUCCGUCCACUAUCUUUCUCUCUCUGCUCCCUUUACUUACUUUCUCUUUGUUGCUAUCGUUUAACUUUGUUAUCAAACAAACAAGUAGGAAUAUCGUUAAACACAGGUCAUCGGUAAAUAAUCUAGAUCGUUCAAAAUAUUCUUCAAAAAAUCUAGAUAGACCCUAUUGAUGAUAAAGAAGAAGAAUGUUACAAAUUUAUUUUAGCACCACGCGUUUCUCAUGCCUCUCUUAAUUUAUUUUAUCUCCUUUAAUUUAUUUCAUUUUUUCUCUUUUGUACCAAUAAAUUAUAUCAAGCCACAUUUCUCCCUCGCUCUCUAUUUACUUUCUCUCUCUCUCUCUGUCCUAUUUUUCUCUCUGUCUUUAUUCUAUACUUUCUCUGUUAUCUCUUCUUCUCUCUGUCUACCCUUUCUUCUGUGUUUCUCUUUUCCCUUUCAAUUUCCUCUCAUCCUCUCUGUUCCUUCUACCACACAUCCACACAUACAGACAUACGUAUGCUCACACACAGGUACAUAGUCGAGAGAAAUCCAGUACCGACUUUACGUAAAGAGAAUUCCUCGAGGAGCGAAGUGAUCGGCGCCGAGAGCCAAGAGAGCCGAAAACCCGCCCUCGAAGGCCGUAGAUCUUUCGGCCCAUAUUAUCCACUGCGUAUCCUGUACGCAAAGGACGCAUGACUCGAUCUCGAGGCGGAUGGCCGCGACGCGAAAUCCGCGAGAUUCCGAGAGGACGAAGAGAGUGCGAUCGAGCUGUCGUGAAUUUUAUCCCCCUUCGAAUUUUUUCGCGCGAUUCUAUCGUCGACCCGAUUGCGCAUCUCCAUGCGAACUAAGUGCGUAGAGAAUGAUACUAUUUUUGUAAUUAUAGUAGAAUAGAGGAAAGGGAAUAUUUGAAGCGCGAUCGGUUAAGAUGACGAAACAUAAUCGUGAAUUUCGAAAAACAUUAUACAAAAUUAUCCGGCUGCCGUGCAUGAUCAAAAUAUAUAUAUAUAACCGCGUGAUAAAAUUACUUUCUUCCUGACAACGUAAAGUUAAUAAUAAUUUGUAUCAUAAAACUUGCGAACACCAUGUAUAACAAUCAACCGCAAUAAUAUCUGUAUUAGUUUCAAUGUAAGAUUUCUCGAUUCGCAGCAUAAAAGAGUAUUAUCGGAAACUCGCAAUUGUUUGUCCUGACAAAUGCUCAAGAAAUAACGAAUGUUUUGCAAAAUUGUGUUAGUUGUGAUAUCUCAUUGGCGAUCUCUUUUUCUCGCCGUGAAAAUAGGGAUUGGAAACUUGCAAUUUCGCGAUAAAAUAGACGCGACACAACAAUCGACAAUUUUGUAAAUUCGAGCAGCUUCUGAAGAUGCAUUCUACCGGUUGUCUUUGUAUUUCGCCUGAUGUUAUAUUAUCACCGUUAAUAAUUUACAAUUUACUCAUCUCUUAGUGAUGCACAAAGAUAGUUAUAGAGACUAUCGAUGAAAUGUGUCUUCUGAAAAUGUUCUGACAAAAGUUGAGUUUUGCAAAACUCAUGUCCUCUCAAUUGAAAAACGCGUUUCCUCUGUACGAGACUACAUAGAUUUUAAUCCUGGUGUACAUGAGAGAUAUAAUUUAAAAAAAAGGUACAAGGAGUCGAUUUCACGAUAAGUCGCAAACGACAACGAGUUCAUCAGACUCGCGCGACUCACGGUCCACGAUUUACAAUUCGGAAAUCUUUCCGACUCUUGGCGCCAAUGUGUAGGCAAACUCGGUCGGUCUGUCGUGUAUUUUUAAGUAAAGUGAAAAGUAUGUAUAAUAAAAAAAGAAAAUUCUUA